UUGUCAUGUGAUUGGGGGGGGGAUGGAGGCGGUGUAAGGCUGGGAGGUGGAUGAAGCCGGAAGAGGAAGUCCAGUGAAUUACCGACCAGGCGAGAUGAGUGGCUUGGGAAAGCUCUUCGGGAAGGGUAAGAAGGCCAAAGCCCCUACCCCGCAGGAGGCCAUCCAGAAGCUGCGGGAGACGGAGGAGGUGCUUGUGAAGAAACAAGAAUUCCUGGAGCAAAAGAUCCAGCAGGAGCUUCAGUCGGCCAAGAAACAUGGGACGAAAAACAAAAGAGCUGCCCUGCAAGCCCUCAAGCGGAAGAAACGCUACGAGCAGCAGCUGGGGCAGAUCGACGGGACCCUCUCCACCAUCGAGUUCCAGCGCGAAGCUCUCGAGAACGCCACCACCAACACCGAAGUGCUCAAGACCAUGUCGGACGCAGCCCGAGCCAUGAAGGAAGCCCAUCAGCACAUGGACAUCGACAAAGUGGACGACCUGAUGGCUGAGAUCACAGAGCAGCAGGAUAUCGCCCAACAGAUCUCUGACGCCAUCUCGAAGCCCGUGGGCUUUGGGGACGAUGUAGAUGAGGAUGAGCUGUUAGCUGAGCUGGAGGAGAUGGAGCAGGAAGACUUGGACAAGGAGCUGCUGAAUGUUGGGGAACCCACCCCUGAGUUGCCCAGCGUGCCUGCCUCUCGCCUGCCCAGCGUGCCAGAAAAUAUCGCUCGGUCACUGCAGGUGAGAGACUCCAGCCUGAGAUCUCCCCCCAUCCCUCGUUCCAAGAUGUCUCCCCUCCUUCAGAUGGGCUUCUCCUGGGUCUUAGUCCCCUUGAUCUGCCCGGUGCUGCGGGUCCGGCUGGCGGCCUUCUUUUUGUCCGGUGUGAAGGUGAGGGAGCGGGACUUGGUGGUGCUGGGCGUGGUGGCGUUCUUGCUGGUGUCGGCUGCCCGGGGCCCGCAGAUCGCUUCCAGGGCCUUGAUCUCGGUGGUCGGCUUCUCAGCCAGGAACUUGAGGACCCAAGGGACUUUGAGCACCUCCAGGAUGUUCAGCCGCUUGGAAGCAGGGCGCAGGAUGCGGUGGACCAGUUCCUGCAGGGGCGAGAGGGACAGGCGAUUUAACCACCGCAAAAGAGGAGGCUGCCGGAUCAAGCCAGGAGGCAUCGUCUAUAAAGAGGCCUUCGUUAGAUCUGAGCAGCUUCUUGAGGUUGGUGUCGUCGAAGGGCAGGUGGGCCACCACCAAGGUGUAGAGGAUAACCCCCAUGCUCCAGAUGUCGGAAAGGAACGGGUUGUAGGGCAGGCCCAGCAAGAUCUCGGGGCAAGCGUAGGCGAAGCUGCCGCAGUAGGUCUGGCUCAGGUGCGAGAAGCAGCUCAUCAUGCGGUACGACGGCGUCGGGGGAGGCUGCGUCUGGGUGGACACCAUCUUGGAGAAGCCAAAGUCCGAGAUCUUGAUGUUUUCACGCUUGUCGAGGAGAAGGUUCUCGAGUUUCAGGUCCCUGCGGUCAGAAAAAGCAGCGGGGAGAAAAAGGAGACAGGGGAUCUUAGGGGAAGGCGGAAGCAGCCGACGGACGUGGCCGGGCCUGCCCUCGGAGAUCGCCUGAAGGACCCCGAGGCAUCGCGAGCCUCCGGCCCCUCGAAUGAUCCGCCACAGCCCUUAGCCGCCGCGCCUCCUCGUUGGCAGCGAGCCGGGGAAGAGCGGCGUUGGGAAGAGAGCGGGCUGGGAGCGGGGCUGAAGGGAGCAACCAGUCUUCUGCGAAUCUCUGGUCCCGCCGGUUUUGAAUUCUUCCUGUUAGUUUGUCUAAUUCUGCACAGUCCAUCAAUUUCAUCCUCCAAUCUUCUUUCAUCGCCCCGGCCCAGUUCCCACUCCCCUUUCUCCUGUUACCACCCCAUGAUGGCCCGCCCCCCGUUUCUUGUCCUCCUCCUCCUCUUCUUCCUCCUUUCCCUCUUAUCCACGGCCUCUUCAGAGACCCACUACCAGCGGGGGGACCCAGUGAUGCUUUACGUCAACAAAGUGGGGCCUUACCACAACCCCCAGGAGACCUACCAUUAUUACCAGCUCCCCGUCUGCUCCCCGGAGAAUAUCCGCCACAAAAGCCUUACCUUGGGGGAGGUGCUGGAUGGAGACCGCAUGGCCGAGUCGAUGUACGAGAUCCGCUUCCGGGAGAACGUUGACAAAAAGGUCCUCUGCGAAAUGAAGCUCACACCUGAGCAGGUGGAGCGUCUCCGGCAAGCCAUUGAAGAGUUGUACUACUUUGAGUUUGUGGUGGACGACCUGCCUCUCCGUGGCUUUGUGGGGUACAUGGAAGAAAGCGGCUUCCUGCCCCACACCCACAAGAUCGGCCUCUGGACCCACCUGGACUUCCACCUGGAGUGGAACGGCGACCGCAUCAUCUACGCCAACGUCAGCGUCCGCAACGUCAAGCCCACCAGCCUGGACGACGUCCGCAGCGUCCUCCCCGUGGCCCACACCUACAGCGUCCGCUGGUCCGAGACGGCGCUGGAGCGGCGAGGCGACCGGCGAGGCAGCCGCGACGACGGCUUCUUCCCCCGCACCUUGGAGAUCCACUGGCUCUCCAUUAUCAACUCCAUGGUCCUGGUCUUCCUGCUGGUGGGCUUUGUCGUCGUCAUCCUCAUGAGGGUGCUCAAGAACGACCUGGCGCGCUACAACCUGGACGAGGAAGCCUCCACCUCGUCCUCGGGCGACGACUUCGACCAGGGCGACAACGGCUGGAAGAUCAUCCACACGGACGUCUUCCGCUUCCCGCCCUGCCGCAGCCUCCUCUGCGCCGUGCUGGGGGUGGGCAGCCAGUUCCUAGCUCUGGGCACGGGGAUCAUCGUCAUGGCGCUCCUAGGCAUGUUCAACGUCCACCGGCACGGCGCCAUCAACUCGGCCGCUAUCCUUCUCUAUGCCCUGACGUGCUGCAUUUCCGGCUAUGUCUCCAGCAACUUUUACCGCCAGAUUGGAGGCGAGCGUUGGGUCUGGAACAUCCUGCUCACCACCAGCCUUUUCUCCGCUCCCUUCUUCCUGACGUGGAGUGUGGUCAACUCGGUGCACUGGGCCAAUGGGUCAACGCAGGCGCUGCCAGCUACCACCAUCCUGCUGCUGCUGACCGUCUGGCUGCUGGUGGGCUUCCCUCUCACGGUCAUCGGCGGCAUCUUUGGCAAGAACCGGGCGGGACCCUUUGACGCCCCCUGUCGCACCAAGAACAUCGCCCGGGAAAUCCCGCCCCAGCCUUGGUACAAGUCCACGCUGGUUCAUAUGACGAUUGGGGGCUUCCUCCCCUUCAGCGCCAUUUCUGUGGAGCUCUACUACAUCUUUGCCACGGUGUGGGGCCGGGAGCAGUACACCCUAUACGGAAUCCUCUUCUUCGUCUUCGCCAUCCUUCUCAGCGUCGGGGCCUGUAUCUCCAUCGCGCUCACCUACUUCCAGCUCUCGGGCGAGGACUACCGCUGGUGGUGGCGCUCCGUGCUCAGCGCGGGCUCCACUGGCCUCUUCAUCUUCCUCUACUCCGUCUUCUACUACUCCCGCCGCUCCAACAUGUCGGGCGCGGUGCAGACGGUGGAGUUCUUCGGCUACUCCCUCCUGACCGGCUACGUCUUCUUCCUCAUGCUGGGCACCAUCUCCUUCUUCGCCUCCCUCAAGUUCAUCCGCUACAUUUACGUCAACCUCAAGAUGGACUGAGCGCCCGCCCCCUCCCUGCGCUCUCGUUGGCCGGCGCCAAGCUCUGCUUCCCCAUUGGCUAGGACAGGCGCCGCUCAAAGGCCGGGCCUCCCGGUUGGCUGGGAGAUCGGCCCGAGCUCGGGGAAACCGGGCUUUUAAACGAUCCGUCUCUCUCGUCAGCUGGGAUCGGUUUCCGAGAGCUCCCCAGCUCACCACAGUGGCGGUUGCUUGAUCGCCGGGAAGCAGCAGGAAACAGGAUCCAAAAGCCCUCCUAUCCUGUUGGUCAGGGCCGCUGGCCCAUCAGCGAACCUGUAAUCUGGCCAAUUAGCGGGCACUGCAACAAAUCCCCCUCUUUCUUUCUUUUAUAAAAAAUAAAUUGGUCGAAACUGCAGUUUGUGCGCUUUGGGGUGGGAAUUAUGGUUUGUUACUCCCUUUAAACGGGUUGAAAUGUGACCAAUCGGGUGAGCUCUCUUCCUAUUGGCUGGGCGGCCUGGUCAGCUGACCAACGCCGGGCUCGGUUAGCCAAUCGCGCUCCUUCCCUUCCAAAGGGAAGUUGGGCUCUUGGUGGCUGACCAGCCGGGAAACGGGGAAGAUUGUUCUGCCUCAAUCCGCUUCCUUCGGAGCUUUUAUGCAAUCGGGUGACAGGUCCCAGCCAAUCGUAUUCGAAAUAAAAACUGGCCCCUACGAGGACCGGCAGGGCCGGCCCUGCAGAUGGAAAUUGCCCCAGCGACCGGCACCACCUUGUCCCUUGGGGUUUCCCCCCUAUGGGAUUCUUAAUGCAGGAGAGAAUUGGCGGGCGAAGGAUUGGAUCACGGUUUCCUCUGAUCAGAGACCUUCAUGGGGGCUAGGUUAAAAUGGAUCUCUCCAUGUUGGAGGGGGACAGGGCCUUGGCGGGCCUUUCCCUGCAGCUUUUUAAGGAUCCCCCUAUUUGCACGUUGUGGGAUAGGCUGCACCAGUGUUUGGGAAUCCUCUAUGUUGUUGGACUACAACUCCCAUCGUCCACUGCCAGCUUCGCCAACGGUCACGGAUGAUGGGAGUUGUAGUCCAACAUCUUCCGGCUUGGAGAACACCGGUUGAUCCCUUCAGAAGGGGAUCCGGCAAGGGAUCCAGCCUCUUCAGUGGAUUUGUUUCACCAGCUGCCGCCACCUCAUGGACAAGGUAGUUCCCCUCCAGUCAGAGGCCUCCCUGCAUUGCGAAUACCUUUGCUCUGCCUCCCUCUCCUACAUUGCCUCCUUUGUUACUCCCAAGGUGCCUGGGGCUGUUAUAGUCUGGAUGGGGGAAGAAGCUGUCUCUUCGCCUUCUGCCACAGUCAAGAAAAUGCCUAUAAUUAUAUAUGGAAAUUAUAUAUAUGAGGAGUUAUGUAUAUUUAGCAAGGAUCGAAGCUAGGGUUUUGUUUUGUUUUUUUAAUUUGAUUUUUGUUUCGUUCCAGCCGUUUCUUUUUACAGAUCUUGAAAUUAAACUUUAUUAAUUAAAAAGAAAAAACCAAAAAACCU